AUGGAUGAAAUCCGAUCAUGGUUAUCGCCGACCGAGUUUGAUUCAGAAGGCAGUGAAUAUCGCAAGCAUCUCAAUGCCCAUGUCCCAACUACCGGGGAUUGGUUGUUCCAGGCUGAACAAUACAAGAACUGGUAUGCCUCCACCGAUAAUGACAUUUUGUGGAUCAAAGGUAUCCCAGGCAGUGGCAAGUCGGUGAUCGCUGCGAAUAUCAUCCGUACACUAGCCCAGGACAACAAUGCCCCGGUGCUGUUCUUCUUCUGCCGACGAAUUCUCGUGUCAAAUUGUGAUCCUCAGCAAAUAGCACGGGAUUUCUUGUGUCAGGCCUUGAGCCACAGUGAGGAUUUUCCUUUGGUGGUUAGACAAGUCCAAGAUAAAUACAAGAACGUUGCGGAAGCUCCGUUCCGAGAGCUUUGGAAAACACUCACGGCUGUGUUGCCUACCUUACCAAAGGUAUACUUGGUAGUCGAUGCGCUGGAUGAGAUUGCGGUUGAUCAAGACAUUUUCAUCGAUAAUCUCAUCCAAUUGGGACAGGGGAGACCGCAAUCGAUCAAAGUCGUCAUUACUAGUCGCCAUCUUUCCCCAGAAAAGGGGCGCAAGGGCCUCUCUAUUCUUGAUCUCCAGCUCGCGCGGCGAACGAUCGAGAAAGACAUCCAAACAUAUAUCACUCAUCGAUUGAACUUCCAAGAACAAAGAGUGCUAACCAGUGAAGAACGAUCUCUUGUUGAAGAGCUAUUGGGACGGAAAGCGCAGGCUCUUUUUCUUUACGCUCGCCUAAUUCUGGAUGAGUUAUUACAGCAAGAAGAUCCCAUUGUCUCGCAAUUGGAGCAGCUUCCGGGCUCUCUUGCAGAUAUCUAUACGAGCAUGCUUCAUGAAUACUCGGUUCGAUCUGGAUCUUCAGUCGGGUUUCAGACCUCCCUCUUAACUUGGGUCACACACUCUUCGCGAGUCCUUCGGUUAACAGAGUUGGCCACCAUUCUCCAUCUCGAUCGCAAAUGCUGGGGCUUGGUGACUUUGUACGAGGUAAAAUGCAUGAUUCAUUCCUCAUGUGGCCCUCUAGUCGAGGUUCUCGAAGAUGAAACAGUCCAAGUGGUGCACCAUUCUUUUACUGAAUUCCUGCUUGACACCAAAAGGAUGGGAGAUGGCAGUCCCGACGGACUUUCAGAAGGGUUUCCAGUUCUCCAAUCCACAAGCGCCCAUCGGUCACUGGCGUCAGCUUGUGUUGACUAUCUCGCGUCGGGGUGCUUUGACUCAUGGCCUGUCCUGGGCCAUCAAAGACACGAGAACCGGUUUGACAGUUUAAACAAACGCAGGGACCUACUGAUGCGGUUUCCAUUCUUACAGUACGCAUCUCAAAAUUGGCCGUAUCACGCAGCCAAAUGUGACUCUUUUGAACCGCAAUUAUUUUCAAGGCUGGACGAUUUCCUAAAUUACGGGGGUCAUAAUUUUGAAAGCUGGAAAGACUUCUGGCUUUCUGAAGAAAAGAAUAUCCCUGAAGGGCUUGAGCCGCUUCACAUUGCUGCUCAAUCUGGUCUAGGAGCGUAUGUUUCACAUCUUCUGGGCAGAGGAGCAGAUCCAAACCGGUUGGACUCGUUUCAGCGGUCAGCAAUGGCUUACGCAGCAGAUCGGGGGCAUUCCAACGUUAUGUUUACUCUGCUACACAAUGGUUCCGAAUUUAAUACCUUUGAUCACGAGGGAUUGACCCCCCUACAUCAAGCCGCCAAAAACAAUCAUCACAGUGCAGUAGACUGCUUGUGCAAAGCAGGUGCUGAUCCAAUGACUCCCAAAUCUAAGGAGGACCUGAGCUGGUGGGAUGGAGCUACUUCAACUAUCGGGAUAUCCCCAAUGCAGUAUGCCUGCGAGUUGGGAAAUACCGAUUGUGUUGUCGUGCUGCUUCGAUACGUCGAGCCCCCCCGAAGGAAAGACAUUCAUCUACAAUGGGCAUCCAUAACAGGGCAAUCACAAGUGCUUUCCGUGUUGCUUCAAUACCCAGAAAUUGCCUGCAACCUCAAUAGAAAAGAUGAGAAUAGCAAAACACCUCUGUACACGGCUUGCUGUGGGCGGCAUGCGGCCUCUGUCCGUGUAUUGCUUGACCAUGGCGCCGACGCGCACCUGAACUCGGAAUAUCGAUGCAAGUCAGGCAGCAGGAUCAAGCCCCUUCCCAGUAACCAAGGCCUGACCCCAUUGCAAGGCUGGGCGGACAUCGAGAAGUUAGGCUCCCAGCAUGAUGAUGAGGAGUUAGAGGGAUGUCUAGAGCUUCUAGUCAAUGCAGGAUGUGAUGUCAACGUGAGAAACUAUGCAGGCGAGACGCCGUUGUUUGCAUGGGGCCAACAAUUUCUUGCGGGGGAUCAGAGGCUAGAUAAGAAACUGCAGUUUGUGACAAUGCUUCUCAAACAUGGAGCCGAUCCUUGUGCCAGGGAUAAGAAGGGCCGCACUGCGCUACAUCAAAUUCGAAGUUAUGACGACUGCGAGGAAGUCAUCAGCUUGCUUGUACAAGCAGGUGCGGAUAUUAAUGCUGCAGAUGAUGAUGGAGAGACACCCCUUAUCUUUGUAGCCAAAGCCCAGCGUCUGGACGUAGGGCCGCUCAUUCGAAAUGGCGCAGAUCCUAAUAUACAAGACCUGGAUGGGAACACGGCACUACAUUACAUUUGCUCCUCAUGGCUACUAAAAUACGAGCAUUUACAGGACUGGCUGACUUUCGCCGAUCCUACGAUCAAGAACAACGCCGGAGAUACCUGUAUCUAUAAUCUGCGGUUCGGGAACAAUGGUCAAGGGAGAUUGGAUUCAAUCCCAUUUUUCAUAGAGAAAGGCUUGGAUUUAGAGUUCCAGAACGAUCAAGGGAGAACGGUGCUCCACGCUGCUGUACAGCAUGGGCAAUUUGAAUUUGUUCAAACAUUGCUCAGAUUCGGAGCAAAGGUCGAUGCGACAGACUAUCGAAAUAAAACAGUUCUCCACAUCGCUGCGGAAAACGGAUACACAAUGGACAUUUUCUCGUGUCUCGUCAAAGCAGGGGCAAAUGUUAACGCCGUUGAUUGUGACGGUAAUACCCCUUUCCACGAGGCAUGCUUGAGUAAGAUACGGACUAGGGCCGUUCACCUAGACGCCGUCAUCAAGGCAGGGGGGGUAGCAAGUGCAAUCAAUAAUUAUGGUCGCACGGCUUUGCAUAUGGCAGUCAGCCUCGAGCCAACUGAUCGAUAUGACGGAACUAUCGAAAAGGUUGAAUUUCUCUUGCAGCAGGAUAAAGCGAUUGAUCUUCAUUCUCAGGAUUUGAAGGGUGUCAUGGCUAUUCAUCUUGCUGCUUCGGUAUCCGCAUCUACCACAUGGCAUUUAUCCAGUACAGGAGCCGAUAUACAAACUCGAGCUUUCGACGGCCGCACGCCCCUUCAUUUUGCCUCUGCAGCUUCUGAAAGCAACACAGUUGGUCUUAUUUGCGAUAUCUACCGUGAGAAUGGCUGGUCUGUGGACACAAGGGAUAGAAUGGGCCGUACGCCUUUGCAGGAGGCGGCACGUUCCGGUGAUUUUGAAUGUGUUCAAUUUCUGCUACAAGCUGGGGCAAAUCCCAAUUCGAGGAGCAAUCGAGGCCUGACGCCACUCCAUGCCGCGGCCGAGCACCGCCCAUUAAAGCAGGAGGCUAGUCAUAAGAGCGAGAUAACGUCGCAAUCAGAUUUUCCUCCCGGAAUGAAAAAUCUAAUUCCCCUAUACACUGAUUUAGAGGGCGCCAUCCAGAGUCUCAGGGUUGAACCAAAUCAUAGCAUUACACUGGAGGAAGAAGCACGUGUGUUGCAUGAUGUCGUCUUGCUGCUUCUAUCGGCCGGUGCGGAUCCUCAAAGUACUAACAGGGAUAAUGAAACGCCAUACGAUAUGGCUUUGGUGCUAGGAUGUGAGACUAUGGUUGAUAUUCUCUCGUCUACUUCCGGCCAAAGGUCAGUUACGGAAAGCGCCAGACACUCUGGGAUCAAACUCAUACAACAAUGGUAUUUGGCUAGGAUUGGAGCCAUGAGACACAUUACCGAUCAUCUAAGUGUGGAUAGCACGAAUGCGCACUCUCUGCUCGAAACUGCGGUCAACCUCAAAUCUAGUCAAGCAGUCAAAGCUCUCCUCGAGGCUGGUGCAGAUCCUACAGUUCCGCUCACCGGUGGGCUUACAGCGAUACAUACAGCUGCCUAUUGGGGCUUGACUACAAUUUUGAAGACCAUGUCAUCAUAUGUGGCCGACAUAAAUACGCUGUCACCUCCAUUGCUCCAUGCAGCCGCACUGAGAGUGCAUUCAAAUCUUCAGAUGAUUGACCUGCUAAUUGAACUUGGGGCAGACGUGAAUGCUGUAUUCACAGAACCUAAGUGCCCUUAUGGCCUUCCGAAUCCGUCAUAUGCGGUCAUUCAUAUCUUUGCAGCUGGAAGAGAAUGGUGGCAUGUGCCUGCAUUGCAUUGUCUGCUCAAAGCAGGUGCAGAUCUCGAGUUACCUGAUGGCACUGGACGAACGCCUCUGCUAUGUGCGUUAAUUGGCAGCAGAAGCGGAGAUAGUGGGAAUGAAGGUUUCUGGAGAGACCACACAUUAGCGGUUCUCCUGGAAAAAGGUGUGAACGUCAACAACAUGUCAUCGGACGGAGAAUCAACUCCUCUUGUCAUUGCUCUUCAGUCAAGGAGAGGGUCGAGCAUUAUCAAGAAACUCAUCGAUCAUGGUGCCAGUAUAUCUCUCGGUAACACCCCAGCCCUAUGCGCGGCCAUUCGGAGCGGACAUUUUAAUGCUACAAAAGCUAUUCUGGACGCUGGUGCAGACCCCAAUGUUCUUUACCGGCCGAACCGUGAGCAAUGGUACGAGCAGAGCGCGGAAGUUGAGACGCCUUUGAUUGCAGCUGCGUCGAAAGAUCGCCAUUUUGAUCCAGGGAGAACACAAACAAAGGACGCCAUAAUUAGUCUCCUGCUCCGAUACGGCGCCGAUCCUUCGAUGGAGCUAGGUGACAGCCAAGGAUGCGUGCUUCACAUAAUAGCCAGUUAUGCUGGGUACUUCGGGCCACUCCUAAAAGCCAACCUCGACCUCAACAUUCAGGAUCGCCAGGGCCACACGCCCUUAAUGGCGUCUCUCUGCACAUCUUCAUCUUCCUCACGAUCCAUGACGUUUAGCCUUAGGCGUGGGCUUAUAACUACAGCACGGGAGCUGAUCGAGGCAGGCGUCGACGUGAAUAUAACCGACUACCGAGGCUCUAGUCCUCUUCAUGCUGCCGCGGCGUCGGGCUUCACGGAAAUCGUCCCACUCCUUUUAUCGCACGGUGCCUCCGUCUUAACAAGAGAUGAUGCGGGUCUCACCGCGCUAUGCUACGUUUUAAGGAAUGGGUACUAUACCAAUCGACUUCCAAUGGCCAAGGCGCUGCUAUCUGCGGGCGCAGACCCUCUUUUUGCCGGCCCGAACGGUGAAACGGCCCUACACCUUAUUACUCCAGUAUUGAUGCUUUCGAGUGCCCCCGACAUGUCUGAGGACCCGGUUGAUUAUUUCGACGAGUAUACACGGCUGUAUCGGCGCUUUGUUGACGCGGGAUGUGAUCGCAAUGCUCGUGACGAUGCUGGCAAUACGCCACUAUUCCGCUAUGUGGAACAAGUGAAGGACCGGAGUGAAUACUUCACUGUCCAUCCACCUCGUCUGGCGGACAUUCAGGACAUGUUUGACCAGCAUGAUGUUUUUGCGGUGAAUAAUGCAGGCGACACACUACUGCAUGCUGUUACGCGGAGAAGUCACGAUGGUCAGUACGACUACUACGAGGACGGGGGCUCGGAGGGCGAUGCCGUGGUUCUAUUCAAGGAGCUACUUGCCAGGGGGCUCAACCCCAGACAAGAAAAUCACGCAGGCCUCAGUGCUCUGGACAUUGCGACUACGUACGCCAAGGAGGGGAUUUUGGAGUUAUUUGAGAGAAAAGAUGACCAGCCGUAA